AUGUCUGAUAAAGUCGAACAGGUUGCUGAUGCGUUGCAGAAAACGUAUUUGGAUGAGGUCACUGGAGAACAGGUUUCCAAAUCUGAGUUGAAGAAGAGACAAAAACUGCGUUCUUUGGAGGCCAAGAAGGCAGAAAAGGCCAAGAAGGCCGCAGAGACUGCCCCUAAAGUUUCCAAGAAAAAAGACGAUCUUGCCAACUUGAACCCUAACCAGUACUUUGAGAUCCGUUCUGCCCAAAUCGACGAACUUAGAAAACCUCACACCGAGACUAACCCUUACCCUCACAAGUUCAAUCUUUCUAUGAGACUUGACGAGUUCAGACAAAAGUACUCUUAUCUCAAAAAGGGCGAGACUUUGCCGGAAGAGAAGGUCAGCAUUGCGGGUAGAAUCAUGGUCAAGAGAGAGUCUGGCUCGAAACUAAAGUUCUACAACCUUGCUGGUGAGGGAACCAACGUCCAAGUUAUGGCUCAAGCCCAGGACGCUAUUGGAGAUUACCAAGAGAUGCACGAGAUUCUUAGAAGAGGUGACAUCAUUGGUGUUGAAGGUUAUCCUGGUAAAACCAACCCUGCCAAAGGUGGUGAGGGAGAACUGUCUGUUUUUGCAACCAAGGUCAAGUUGUUGACUCCAUGUUUGCACAUGCUUCCAACCGAGCACUACGGUUUCAAGGACCAAGAGUCCAGAUACAGAAAGAGAUAUUUGGACCUGAUCAUGAACAAGUCCACCAAGGACACCUUUGUGACCAGAUCCAAGAUCAUCUCGUACAUCAGACGGUUCUUGGACAGCAGAAAGUUCAUUGAGGUCGAAACUCCAAUGAUGAACGUGAUUGCUGGAGGUGCUACCGCCAAGCCUUUCAUCACCCACCACAACGACCUGGACAUGGACAUGUACAUGAGAAUUGCUCCAGAGUUGUUCUUGAAGGAGCUUGUUGUUGGUGGAAUGGAGAGAGUCUACGAGAUUGGAAGACAAUUCAGAAACGAGGGUAUUGACAUGACUCACAACCCAGAGUUCACCACUUGUGAGUUCUAUGAGGCGUAUGCUGAUAUGUACGACCUGAUGGAUACCACCGAGCUGUUGUUCUCCGAGAUGGUCAAGGAGAUCACCGGAGAUUACAAGGUCAAGUAUCACCCUGAAGGUCCAGAAGGUAAGGAGUUGACUUUGGACUUCUCGAGACCAUGGAAGAGAAUCAACAUGAUCGAGGAGCUCGAGAAGGUGUUCGACGUCAAGUUCCCUCCAGGAGACCAGUUGCACACCGCCGAGACGGGCGAGUUCUUGAAGAGUAUUCUGAUCAAGCACAAGCUGGACUGUCCUCCUCCAUUGACCAACGCUAGAAUGCUGGACAAGCUUGUUGGCGAGCUCGAAGACACCUGUAUCAACCCAACGUUCAUCUUUGGCCAUCCUCAGAUGAUGUCUCCGUUGGCCAAGUACGACAGAAACAUUCCAGGUCUUUGUGAGCGUUUCGAGGUUUUCGUUGCAACCAAGGAGAUUUGUAACGCUUACACCGAGUUGAACGAUCCAUUCGACCAAAGACAGAGAUUCGAAGAACAGGCCAGACAAAAGGCCCAGGGAGACGACGAAGCACAGCUUGUUGACGAGGUGUUCUGUAACGCUUUGGAGUACGGUCUUCCUCCGACUGCCGGAUGGGGUUGCGGUAUUGAUAGAUUGGCCAUGUUCUUGACCGACUCCAACACCAUCAGAGACGUUCUUCUGUUCCCAACUCUGAAGCCAGACGCUUUGGUCAAGGGAGAGGAGAAGAAAGAGUAG